UAUUAGACCCUGCUUUUGCCAUCCCCACAUGCUUUUGCCAGUCCAGCGCAGGAGCAUGUCGCGACUAUAACGCGACAGCUGCUACUGCUCCCAUCUAUAUUACAACUACCAGGCCGUUAAUCGUCGCACACCCCACCUGCGGUAGUGCGUAAUUUGGAGUGCAUUGAUCAGCAUAGGCCCCUGAAUCGCAGCGCCGAAUGGCCACGACUCCCCCGGCUCGCGACAGAGCUUCUUCGGAAAGCCUGCCAGUCGGGAGUCCGCUGCCCAAGAAACUGCCCGCCCCCUCAACACCCACGAGCUCCAUCCGCCGCAUGAUGGCUGCCAAUGCGCCUUCUCCAGCCUCGAAAGAGGGUGCUCCACCCCGUCGCUCGACUGCAACCAGCGGCACUGCUGCGAGUGCCCGUCGACCUACUGCCGCAUCAGCAAGCACGGCGCGAACGCCCACGAGCGCGUCAAAAGCCCCCACCACAGCGACAUCACGCACAAGCACAGUUGGAUCCAGCUUGAACAAGCCGCCUACGCGUCCAGCGGCAGGCACUACAGCCCGCAGAACCAUCUCGUCUUCCAAGACCGCAUCCGAUGCCGAGCCAGACCUGUCUUCUGUGACGUCGGGGGACGAGAAGAAGAGAACACCAGCAGUGCGCCGGACGCCCGUCACAUCAUCCACUGCCUCGCGACCAUCGCCGGCUAAGCCAACGUCGCGCCAAUCCCUUGCCUCCUCGACCACCACGCCCACGAGUGCAGCCAAGCGUCCCGCGACAACACGCCCAUCCGCAGAGGCAGCCACGACCCGCGCAACCCCGCGUGCUUCUCUGGCUUCAUCGACACGCCCGACCCCUACCCGACUAGCGGCAGGAGCGAGAGCUGCAGGCGCAACACCAAAGGUGCCGUCGGGACACGCGAAGAAGCUGUCCGUCUCUGCCCCUCCACCCCCAGCACCGGAGACCGAGGAUACAGCAGAGGGAGCGUGAGUGGGGCCACGAGCAUCUGAAUUGCCAUGAGCUAAUUUGUCCGCAGUGAGAGCCCCGUUAUCGUAUCCCCGCGCCGCAUUGCGCCCCUCAAAGACAAGGCCGCGUCUGA